UGUUGUUAAAAAUAAAAAUAUAACAAUAGAAUUAGUUCACAAAAUGUUAUGGACCCAUUCGGUCAUUCCCCUAUAAAAGGAUCCUUGAAGAUAUAGAGUUUCCUCAUCUUCUCAAACUAAAUCAAUUAAAGAGGUUUCUUCUUAUAGAAAUGAAUUUCUCUUAUUCUUCCUUGUCAACUUGGACAACCCUAAUGACAUUGGGUUGUCUUCUGCUUCAUUCAUCCAUUUCCAGUGCUCAGCUAACCCCAACUUUCUAUGACAAUACAUGUCCAAGCGUCUUUACCAUCGUACGGGAUACCAUAGUAAACGAGCUAAGAUCGGAUCCUCGUAUCGCUGCAAGCAUCCUUCGUCUUCACUUCCACGACUGUUUCGUCAAUGGCUGUGAUGCAUCGAUCCUGUUAGACAACACAACAUCCUUUCGAACAGAGAAAGAUGCGGCUCCAAACGCAAACUCGGCUCGAGGAUUUCCAGUGAUCGAUAGAAUGAAAGCAGCAGUAGAGACAGCAUGUCCAAGGACUGUUUCAUGCGCAGAUAUACUUACCAUCGCAGCUCAACAAGCUGUAAAUUUGGCAGGAGGUCCUUCUUGGAGGGUUCCUUUGGGGAGAAGAGAUAGCUUACAAGCAUUCUUUGCUCUCGCUAAUACAAAUCUUCCCGCUCCAUUCUUCACUCUCCCACAACUUAAGGCCAGUUUUCAAAAUGUUGGACUUGACCGUCCCUCUGAUCUCGUUGCACUCUCUGGUGGUCACACAUUUGGUAAAAACCAGUGCCAAUUUAUUAUGGAUAGACUAUACAACUUUAGCAACACUGGUUUACCCGACCCUACUCUUAAUACUACAUACCUCCAGACACUUCGUGGACAAUGUCCCCGCAAUGGUAACCAGACCGUCUUAGUUGAUUUCGAUCUACGCACACCGACGGUUUUUGACAAUAAAUACUAUGUGAAUCUGAAAGAGCUAAAGGGACUUAUCCAGACGGAUCAAGAGUUGUUUUCCAGCCCUAAUGCCACUGACACAAUCCCCUUGGUGAGAGAAUACGCUGAUGGCACUCAAAAAUUCUUCAAUGCUUUUGUGGAAGCAAUGAAUAGAAUGGGAAACAUUACACCUCUCACUGGAACUCAAGGACAAAUCAGACAGAAUUGUAGGGUGGUUAACUCCAACUCGCUGCUACAUGAUGUGGUCGAAAUCGUUGACUUUGUCAGCUCUAUGUAACAUAACGUUGUCUCGAUAUAUGUGGCAACCAAAAAUAUGUUUUAUGAAAUAAAGUGUUCUCAAAAUGUUUAUGAAGAACAUUUCGUCUUAAAUCUUUUCUGUCCUUCAUGUUUUUCUUAUUACUUUUUCAAAGUAAUCUAUCUACCCUCGAUUGAUGGAAAAUAGAACUGAAACGAAUAGCAUGGUUAAUUUACUUAAGAAAUAAUAUGUAGUGUUUUUUUUUAUAUUUGUGAAUCUAAAUAUUUUAAUGUUUACUAUUCAAGAAAUUUUAGAUCUUUUUAGAUUUUAAUGGAUGAUUGUUUGGAUUAUUUUCUCUUUUGUUUUGAAAUCUUG